AUGGACAUACUAGAUGAGAAAGAAAAAAGUCUAGAAUAGGUCUUUGAUAUAGACCAUAAAAGGAAAUUCAAAGAGGUGAAUGAUGACUUCACUGAGAUGAUAUCUUUCUUGGAUUUCAGUUUUGAAAAAGCUUUUGAAAGGAGAGAAAAAGACUUCAUGCUAGCAUACAGGGCUCAUAUUGAAACAGUUUAAAAAGACAUUGAAGAACUCAAAUCAGAUUCUAAUGAUCAGAAGUAUCUUGCAAUAAAGAAGUAAAAGAUUGAGUUGCUUGAGAAAAAGCUGCAUAAGAUUAGAGAGUGUGCUCUCUUUCUUGGAGAUAUGUCUGAAAUGCAUAAGAAACAAAUCAAGAAACUUAAAAUGAAAGUUGAUGAGCAGGAAUCAGAUAAGAAUUUCCUGGAGAAGUAAAUCUCUAAAGCUAGGGAUGUAAAUAAGAAAGUAAAGGAAGACUUAAGUCAAGCUACUUCAGAGUACGAUGAGUUAUAUAAAUAAGCUCAAUGGUUCAUUUAAAACUCUCCAGAUCAUCAUAAAAUUGAAGAACUCUUAUCCCUGCUUAAUCAGACUGAUCGUGAAAGAUUGCUGAUUGAUAAUCAGAAUAAGACAUAAAAGGAACUUAAUGAAAAACAGAUUAUGGCAGCAAAAAUAUAAAAGUACGGGAACGCUAAACUGCUAAAUUUUAUGAAGACUUUAUGGGAAAUGAAAAUUAAUAAAGAUCAAUUCUCUGUUGAGAUUGAGCGUUACUUUUUCUAUCACUCUCUGAGAAAGUCAAAUGUUCAUAAGUUAAUAGAAGAUUAGCUUGCUAUAGAAAAAGAUAAUCAAAAGAGAAUUGAGUAAUUGUAGGAACAUAAUGCUUAGUAAUAAAAGCAGAAUGAAAGCGAUCUGUUUUUGAUGUUCUAGCAACAUAUUAAUGAAUUGAGAGAGGAUCUAAGAUAGAGAAGAACUUUAAAUUAACUUAAAAAUGUUAAAAGUAUCAAGAUCAGGACUGAUUAAAUAGAAAUACCAGAUAUCUCAAGUAUCCAGAUAAAUUAGUUCAAAUCACAAGAUAAGAAAAAGCUCUUGGAAAAAUUUAUUUAAGAUGAGCCAUCAACUUCAGGAAAUGAUUCUUUCCUUAACCAUCUUUACUAGAAUACUACAUAGAGUACCAAUGUCUAUGACAGAAUCUUAAAUGAGCCAAUCAAGACUUUAAUGAACAACAAGUCUUUCAAUGUUAGCAACAGACCCAAUUCAAAUUAUAAGCUAAGCAGGCUAUAUAGUGGAUAAAAAAGAGAACUUAAUUAAAAAGGGUCAUCUAACAGAUUAGUUAAUCAGACACAGAUUAAUAAUAACAGCGGGUAACUUGAAAAUGCACCACAAUCUUAUUACUCUAACAAAAUACCAGCUUUGCAUGACAAAAGAAGGAUGACUGCAUAUACCUAGAUGCAAAACGCAGAUAUCAUGAUUAGAAGACCUAAAUCAUCCCUACCAUAUAGAGGCACAAGAAGAAAUUACAACAACUCUAAUACCACAACCAUAAUGAGGGAUAAUAAUAAUAUAAGCAUGAUAAAUCAAAACAUCAGAGCUAUCGGAAAAGAUAUUGUUAGACAUGCUCAAAAUGAUGAUAGAAUAGAGGAGUUAGCUUUAAUAGUAAGAAAAAGACUUGAGGAGUGGAAAGAUGAGGAUUUCAAAUGCAAGCUUAGGGUAAUAGAAAUGCCAAACUUUGAUGAUAUGACGUAAUUAGAGACUGAGCUACAAGGAUAUGACUCUUUUAUGUGCACUCUUGGAACAAGAACUAAGAUGGGAGAAGAAAUAUUCAAGAGGGUAGAUUAUACCUAUCCAUUGGAGUUUGCCAAACUAGGGCAAAAGAUCGGCAUUAAACAUUACGGCCUUUUGACAUCUACCGGGGCUAAUGCAAAAUCUUGGUUUUUAUAUAUGAGAGUAAAGGGUGAAGUUGAAAAUUCUGUUAGAGCACUAGGUAUCAGAGAUCUUAAGAUAUAUAGACCUGGUCUUCUCCUAAACAGAGACAAUGAUGCUAGAAUAGGCGAAAAGAUAGGAUCAUGGGUACCUUUCCUAGCCAAAAUAGAAAGUAGAGAUGUUGCUUAAGUUAUUCUAGAGUAUGCUAUCUAGGCUAAAAGCACUGAGCCAAAAGAUUAUGAGCUAAAAACGAACGCAGACAUUAAAAAUUAUGCGACCGAUUUAAAUCUCAAUAAGAAUUGA